AUGAGUCAGAAGAGAGUCAACACUUCACCUCUGUUCCAGAGUCCGAUCGAUAUUCGUGCAUCCGACGUUGACUACGCACUCCUUCAUCAGAUGCAAUUCGUACAUUACGACCAUUCUGGUACCGUGAACGUGAUCAACAACGGUCAUACAGCAUUCAUACAAGGUGGGUAUAACAUUUCGUUACUUCUGACGUUCCAUUUCCACUGGGCUCAAUACGAUCACCAAGGAUCGGAGCACAAAAUUGGAGGAUUGCACUAUCCUGCAGAGCUUCAUCUGGUACACGUUCGUCAGGGUAUCGAGCUGCAGGAAGCGCUCAAGAGACCAGACGGCAUAGCUGUUGUCGGAGUUUUUCUCGUUAUCGGGCACGAUGAUGCCCCAUUGUCUCUCUAUUCUGUAUUUGAAAGUGUCACGCAUUACGCACAUACUGAGGCGUUUUACCGUUACGAGGGAAGCCUUACUACACCCAAUUGCGAUGAGGCAGUCAUUUGGACCGUUCUUGCAGAACCGAUCACAAUAGCACCAUUACAGAUGAAGCAACUGCGGCAAAUUCACGCAUCUGACGGUGAGCGUCAUUCGCUCAACUUUCGACCUGCACAACCACUGAACGAAAGGCGACUUCUCUAUAGGCCCACUUCAUUUGACAAGAAAUUGUUCUGUGGUGGUGGAGAAGAGCUUACCAUUUUGACGAGUGUGCUGAUAGGAUUUUUGUGUUUUCUACUUUGA